AUGGCAACCAACCUCCAAUCCCCACCCAUCCCCAUUUCUCGCAACAGCAAAUACACCACAACAACAACCCGCACACUCGACCUCCGCUGCCACGACCGCCACUUCCGCGACGCCGUCGUCUGCGACGAAAAUGGCGACAAACUCUUCGACUUUACUGCCAAAGAUCUCGGUACAUCAUGGACAUUACGCCGCAGUCUCAUCGACCGUAAAUCCGGUGACCAUAUCCUCGAUCUCCGGCACACCAAAACAAGCUACAAAUCUUGGAUUCUCGAAGACAGCACUGGCAACGAGGUCUCCAAGAUCAAAGAUGUCACCCGUGGAAAUGGGUUCACUGCUGUGGAUGUGCAGGUUCUAGCAAAUGAUGGCGAUUCAACGGUGGAGUUGAGAUCUUUUGAUAGAACUGGGAGGAGGACGAGUUUUCUGGUUGAUGGCAGGGUUGUUGCAGAGAUGACUUUGACGGAUAAUAAUGAUGCUGCUUUUUUGCAUAAGAGGGGGUUGGAUCGUACGACUUGGAGGCUUGAGGUUGCUGAAGGUGUUGAUAUUGCCCUGGCUGUUGCAUUGGCGUUUGCUCGUGCAGAGAUAUCGCAUGCAUGGCGCCGAUAG